CUAACUAUUAGUUUUUUGUUUAUGUUGGGACGUCGGAAAAAUCGGCUGUUUUCCCGUGGUGUCCGUCUGCCAUGAAAAGCUGCUAAAAAGCUAAAUAUAAAAAUCAGCGCAGCGCGCGGCCAGACACUCGUUCGCUGCAUUGUUUUCCCAUAUGCCGACGGGAAAUAUGUGAGUCGAGUGGAAAAAAAAACGCAUCUUCUGUGUGUGUAUAUAUAUGGUGCGCAAGUGUUGGUGUUGGUGUUUGUGCAAUGGUGCAAUGGAAAAAGUCAUUAUUAUAAAUGAAAACGAGUGAAAUGUACAACCAACAACUCCCACUUGUACGUGUGCGGGGUGCGCAGUGAAGAAGGGUGUUUACCGUUUGCUUUUGCGUCGGUGUACGUGCCAGAUAAAGACUCGAAUUUCUGACUCGGAGGAUAUUAGUGUCAACGCAAUAGCCUAAUAUGCAUGCACGUCCAUUAAUUACGCCAAAGGUCAGAAGUUACAGGACCCAAGGAGCAAUAAUAAUGCUGUAAGACGUCGGCCCAAAGCUAGAGCGAGAUAGGGCGAGCUAAAUCGUGCGCUGGUGUGAGUGCGUGGUAGAACAAAGAGGACGAAGAAAACACGGCUGGGCGAAUUCGCCGCAAGGCGAAUUGAGUUUGUUCUAGGAAUCAACAAAAGGGGUAAUCCCCAUAAACUAAAUAAUCCCAAGACUGUUAACAUAUAGCGGCCGAUAACCAUGUCAGCGGCGGAACUGGAGGCGGAAGCUUCCUCGCCAGAACAGCAGGCACAGCAACAGCAGGCCCAGCAAGGACAACAGAGCAAUGAAACCACAUCUACAACAAACACUGCCAUCGAGGAGACUGCUCAGUACAACAACAACGAUGACAUCGUCGACACCCAGAUGCCCCUGGCCAACAUGCAGAUGCAGCAGCAACUGGAUGGAAGUAACAGCAACGGAAUCACAGGACUCGGCAUGAGCCUGAUGAACUCGUCGCCGCCACCGCACAGCUAUCGCCAUUCGAGGGCCUAUCGCCACUUCAAGAACCCGCCGCAACCUCACAUGUGCAUCCGCACCACCACGGAAGCGGGCGAGGAGCUAUUCAUCAAUGUCCUUAGCUGGACACGCAUCGUGAUACCACAGGAGCCCAGUGAUCCGAUACCCCUCUACGGUGGCAUGCGAGUGCCACCUGGUAGCCCACGUAGUCCUCCCAUUGUGUUUGCGGUCAUGGCCAAUCCAGAGGUCCUCAAAGAUUCUGGACGACACAGCAAGGAUCCAGAGGAGCGGCGCGCUAUGGUUGAGCUAAUGUGCGACUUUGUGGAGGCUAUGAAUCCAGGCGUGAAACUAGUCAGAAACGCCCUUAUACUUAAGGAUCGCGACAUUUCUGGCGAGCUCAAGGAUGUGUGGAAUGCCGUGCAGGCGCAACGUGAUCGGGAGCGCGAGGAGCAGAUGCUGCAACAGCGCCAGCAACAGCACUACCAGAAUAUCACCACCCAACAGAUGUUUCCCAAGUCGCCGGAUGCUGUACGGGCAGCCAGUGCUUCAGGUGCGGCUAUGAUGGAGGGCAACUCGCCACCUGCUGGCCUCGGAGAACCGUUGCUGGCGGAGCAGGGCAAUGGGAAUACUCCCGGCAAUGGCAUCACCCUGGCUGUGUUUGCCCAGCAGCUGGAUAACAAAGUGGCCAGCGAACAAUCGGAGCAGGAGCCAUCGGAACAGGAGUCGAGGCCGCUGGAAGAGGCUUGUGUGGAUCAAACGGAUGCUGGCAGUUCGGUGAAUGGAUCAACUCCAAGUCCACAAGCUGUGGCGGAACCAGAGCCCGAAGUGAAGGCCGCUGAACCAAAGGCCACUAAUGGAACAGCAGCUCCUGCUUCGGUGUCGGCUCCUGUUCCUGCCGCCACUCCAGCCCCUGCUCCAGCACCCAUUACCCCACCUGCCGCGCCUGCCAAGAAGGAGAAACUUGGCGGAUUCUUGCCAAACGGUUGCAUCUUCCCGCGCUUCAAGAACAACAAAAACAAGGACAAGGACGGCAGCAGUCACAAGGAGGGCAAGAGCAAAGAGAAGACCCUGCUGAAUGCCCUGAAAAAGAGCAAGGAGAAGAAGGUGGCGCCCAGCGAGCAGCCGACAGAGAAGGCGAACGCAUCCGACAACGGCACCACCCAGUACGAGAAGAACUGCAUCAACAAUUUGGAGUGCGAGGUGCAGAAGCUGGACCUGAACAGUGGCUCCAACGGGGACAACGGGAUGUUCAUCAAGCUGAAGGUGGCACCCAAUAAUGCCACAGCGGCAGCGGCUGCCAAGUAGAAAUAAUCCUGAAUUUACAAAAAAAAAGAAAAACAAAAUCUUGUAGGUAAGUGGGAGCUGGAAGGUGGAUCUUCUGGCUACCCGUUAGGGCUUAGAGUCGUGGAUAGAGUCGUGUAGCAUAUACAAGAUUUAUAUAUACAAAAUAUAUAUACACUCACACAGACAGAGAAACACACACACAUCCAAGCAUUUACACAGUUGGUCAAUUUUUUUGGAUAAAUAACCAGAGACUCUUUGGAAAAACCAAGUUAAUACAAAGCACAGAUCGAUCGAGAUGAUUAACUAACAGUUGUGCCAUGUUGCUCCAGCUCAUAGACGUUUGUAGAGACGAGAACAAAGCUCCCAGGAUCUUCCCCCACGGCAUUUAACUGAGAAAUGAUAAACGUAUUUACAUAGUUCAAUAUAUAUGUGUAUGUCUCGCAUACAGUUUUGCCUUAUAUACAACAACAACAACACAGAAAAAAUAAUAUAAAGCCCAAGAGUAACUCAUGCGCCAAACGAACAUCCACUAGCACAAGCUAGCCUAGCACUCCAUUCCUGAUACACACCACCCUCAUCUCAUCUCAUCUCAUCUCAUCUGGUCCUCCAUGUAAAAGUAUUACGAUUCAAGCACCCAAAUCCUGGAUCGAUUGAUCUCCAAGCUUUGAAGUUGAGGGUUAAAACAACAGGCCAUCAGGUUAAAGGCCUGUUUUAAUUUUUAACUAACUAACUUGACUAACUUAUGUACCUUUGUAUACCCCCCAAGCUAAUGGAAGAGGUAUAUAGAACCCUAAAAACCUCCUUAAGUUUUUUUCCUAAAACUAUAUUCUUUUUUUUAAUUUUUUCUUGAGGUAUUUAUUUACUUGUCACUUGAUAUUGUUUAAAUGUUUUUAUUGUCUGUACUAACCCGAUCCCUCAACUUCAAACUAAACCUAAACCACGAAUCAUCCAAUACCAUAUAGAGUAUAUAGAAUAAACCUCAAAAAAAAAAUUCGAAAUAACAUUCGGGAAAAAAUAAAAAGUUUCAACUGCAAUAUCGGACUGAACAAUGCUGCCAUAUAAAAAAAAAUA